CAGGACUAUUUAAAUCAAUUAUAAUAUAUGAACUCGAAGUUAAUAAAUUUUAAUAAAUAAUUUCACCAAACAUCUUAAGCUUGACCCUAAUUAGCAAAAUAGCCUCGAAGCAACUUUGGGCCAGAUCUCCAUGGCUGAAAACAUCAACUAACUCGAUUACGAAUACGCGACUCCGGGAGUGCAAUUUCUGCACUGGGGAAUGACGUUGGGCGGUGCUUUUUAUCGGUCAACUCCAACGAAGCAUAUCGAGUGAAUAUUCAUGUUAGAAAUUUAUACAUUUGGAUUUUAGGGUUUCAAACUGUGUCGGGGAAGACUCCCGUCGAAUACGCUCGAUCCUGACUCCACGAGACAGCCACCCUCGGAUAUCAAAGGGCUCUGGUUGUACUGAAGGCAAGUAUUCGGUACACAUAUGAACUAACACGCUGAUCAGCUCAGAAUCGCCCAUUGACUGCUGAUAGUAAUAGAGGUCAAAGUAUGGUCCACAUAAACCUCCAAUACAAAUCUUAUGGGGGCGGCAUUCAGAGACUUAGCUCAAAGGUCUUUGUGGCGUCAGUCGGUUGAAAGGCCUCCCUGGAGGUAAGCGGAUACAGUUUUGGCCCUGGUCAGCAGUGAUUCCCAAACGAUUUGAGUAGCAAGGACUGUUUUGUUCAGUUUAUUUCUUUUUUUGUUUGUUUUUUUGUUAUCCUUGUUGAAGGGUUUGUGACAGGGAAUUAUGACAGGGAAUGGUGAAAAGGGAAUGGUGAGUGUAAAAGGUGACAGGGAAUAGUGGCAGCCUGACAGGGAAUGUCGACAGGGAGUUGUGACAUGGGAAUUGAGACAGGGAAUGGUGACAGCCUGACAGGGAGUUAUUACAGGGAAUUGUGACAUGGAAUGGUGAAAGCCUGACAGGAAAUUGUGAAAGGGAAUGGGGAUAGGGAAUUGUGGCAGCCUGACAGGGAAUGGUGACAGAGAGUUGUGACAGGGAAAUGUGACAGCCUGAUAGGUAAAGGCGACAAGGAAUAGUGACUGGGAACGGUGACAGAGUAUGGCGACAGUGAACUGUGACAGGGAAUGGUGACAGGGAACGGUGACAGGGAAUGGUGACAGGGAAUGGUGACAGGGAAUUGUGGCAGUUUGGCAGGAAAUGGUGACAGGGAAUGGUGAGAAGGAACCGUGGCAGGGAAUGUGAUAAGCAGAGCCGUCCCUUGGGGCGUGCAACCCCUGCGGCUGCAAGAAGCCGCCCAUUGUUGCGAUGCCCAACAGUUCGAACGAUCAACGUCGAGUGCCGAGGACACGCAACUGAGAAGAGGCAGUGGGCCUCCAAAAGUCACGUGAUGGCUCCUGUCACAAGGACUGUUGACCGGAAACGGUGAUUAGUUUUCUUUAAAAAAAAAUGUUUUAGAGUUAGAGACACUAUUUGUGGGCGUGUCCCUCGGUCAUUGCUGGCAGCAACCGUUCCACGGACGCCAUCUUGACAAGCCCACCAUCAUAAAGAGCGCAGUGAAAUGAUCUCAGUGAAAUGAUCUCAGUGAAAUGAUCUCAGUGAAAUGAUCUCAGUGAAAUGAUCUCAGUGAAAUGAUCUCAGUGAAAUGAUCUCAGUGAAAUGAUCUCAGUGAAAUAAUCUCAGUGAAAUAAUCUCAGUGAAAUGAUCGCAGUGAAAUGAUCUCAGUGAAAUGAUCUCAGUGAAAUGAUCGCAGUGAAAUUAUCUCAGUGAAAUGAUCUUAGUGAAAUGAUCUCAGUGAAAUGAUCUCAGUGAAAUGAUCUCAGUGAAAUGAUCUCAGUGAAAUGAUCUCAGUGAAAUGAUCUCAGUGAAAUGAUCGCAGUGAAAUGAUCUCAGUGAAAUGAUCUCAGUGAAAUGAUCUCAGUGAAAUGAUCUUAGUGAAAUGAUCUUAGUGAAAUAAUCUCAGUGAAAUGAUCUCAGUGAAAUGAUCUCAGUGAAAUGAUCGCAGUGAAAUGAUCGCAGUGAAAUGAUCUCAGUGAAAUGAUCUCAGUGAAAUGAUCUCAGUGAAAUGAUCUCAGUGAAAUGAUCUUAGUGAAAUGAUCUCAGUGAAAUGAUCUCAGUGAAAUGAUCUCAGUGAAAUGAUCUCAGUGAAAUGAUCUCAGUGAAAUGAUCUCAGUGAAAUGAUCUCAGUGAAAUGAUCUCAGUGAAAUGAUCUCAGUGAAAUGAUCUUAGUGAAAUGAUCUCAGUGAAAUGAUCUCAGUGAAAUGAUCUUAGUGAAACUCUCACUAUCCACAACUAUCCUCCCCCCCCACCCGCCAAAAUUUGUUAAUACUAAAAAAAUAAAUACAGACGUCUAGGAGAGUUACAACAGUUCAGGCCUGGCAACCACUAACAUUGGAGUUGCAGGGGGCGGGUCACCACUGGCUGUUCUCACCCCCCCCCUUACAUAUUCAACUCGGCAUUUUCAGCAUAUGGUGGAUGUUUCGUGGGUCGGGGGGGGGGCGGAUUGGCAUCAUAAAUAUGGGCCCAUCCAUGAUGGCACUAAGUGGAAGUAACCCUUGUUACGUCACUGCUGGCAACACAUCAUUUCUUGAAGCAGUUCAGGACGCUGAUGAAAUUCAUUUAUUUGCUGUUGGAAAAAAAGAUAUAAUAAAUUGAAAUUAAAAAAAUUAAUAAGAAUAAUUUCCUCAUCCUUUAAAUUUAUGUAUCUAUAAAAUUGGCAUGACUCCAACAUUACUAAAAAAAACCUGUUAUUUAGUUUGAAUUAGCAAAUUUCGACCCUCCCUUGUGGUUUUAAAAGCAGCGGUUCUCAAAAUGGUGUAACGGACCAGGGGAAAAAAUUUGAAAAACGUAAUAGUCGCUCAAAACAAUGACUCAUAGAUGGCGUACCAGCAUCAGUCGCUAACUAAACCACUCCUGCUGGUCCUUCAUUGAGUAGCCUUGUGUUAUGGGAUAUAGUUGCCGUAAGCUUACCCUUACACUCUCCAUGUGUGAUUACUAAAUGGAUAUCGGAUAUGACCAGCACUCGACCCAUUAAGCCAAUGUGUCCGGCUCUGAACUACGCGACGUUACCGUGAUCGACGAGUCGUUUAUUGAUCGAUGUUUUUUUUAUCAUCGAUUGGCAAAUCGGGGAAUCGCUUAAGUACUUUGUACGCUAAACGGCAGAACAACUUCUCCAGCAAUACACACGUCCAAAAGCUGGUUGAGCUGAAGUAAUUUAUAAGUGUUCGAAGUGGUCCAACCAAAUCAUCGAUUUUUUGGAAGCCGCCAUAAGAAUCAAAAUUAAUGUUUGACGUCACACCACCACGUGACGGCGUCUUAACGCUUUAAAUUUCAGUUAGGCGUGACGGAGAUGUCAAUUGUGUCAUUUAUGUCACAUGAGUUUAAUGUGUAUGUUUCAACAUGACAAAGUGGACACAUGUUCGGCUUAAUUGAAAAUAUCAAGAGGCCUUCUUUUCAUGUACACGACGUGUUUACGUCAUCUGAAUGAGCUCUAGCUGACCGCAUUUAGGGUGUGGCUAACAAAAAAUAAUCUCUCUUGACCUUUUUUAAUGACUAAAUAAAAUCUAUAGUCUGUAUUAUUAGAAAUCUGUAGAUUUUGUUUCAACUAUAUAGUAUAGUGCGUUCAAAAAGAAAUUUGACGAUAAAUUUUAUCUUGUGAAAUGAAAAAAAGAUUCAACAAAAUUUCCUUUCGCUCAAAAUUUUUGCCGAUCAAUUUUCCGUGGAUGAAAGUUCUUUCAAACAAAUUUCCGGUAACCUUAAUUUAGAUAUAAUUUUUAAAGAAUUUAAAUAGAUUCAAUUUCCGUAAAAUGCCACGAGUUUCCUACGACCGGAUCUAGAAAUACCAAAGGCCAAGGCCAUCUUGUUUAUCCAUUUUCGAUAUUAUAGUAAGGGGGGUCUUCACAUACUUCGUAUUUUUGUUUAAAUCAAUGUCGAUUUUUAAAGCUGAGUUGCUCAUAUCGACGGGUUUUGAACGUCCGACUCUAAAAAAAAAACGUAAACAAGGGGUAGUUUUUUUGUUGGUAUAGAACAGUUGCUUAUUUCUCCGUGACCUGUCACCGAACGUGGUGUUAACAACCAUAACAUUGCUAAGCUUUCAUUGGAUACCAUGGCAUAUUAUUUAUGUUUGAUGGCCGAUUUAUGAGGAUUUUUUUUAAAUUGAAAAAUUGGACCCUGUACUAUUAUAACUGGAAGUAAACAAUAUAAAAUCUUUUUGAAUUUCCGAUUCCGAAAAUACGGAAACAAGUGGAUAUUCGGUUCACAUAGAUAAAUGCCGCCUGUUCAAAUGCUAUGGCAAAAAAAAAAAAGUAACAACAACGUGUAUUUAGAAUGACGAUGAUGUCAAAUGACGUUAUGUGUUUCUGCCCCUCAUUCUUAUACCUAUAAGAAAAGGAAAGAAAGAGAAUGGCACACGGUCCUAAAGAGUACCUGACAGCAUACUCCAAGACCAACAGAUGUCGAGUCCAAUUAAAUUGAUUAUAAACAGAAUUAUGAAAACUGUUGGUCAUGUUUUGUGGCGUCCCUCUGAGGAAGCCGCGUCUCCCCGGGGUGCCGCCUCGCACAUUUUGCGCCCCACUGCAUAAUAACAUUUUCAUGCAGGGGUCCACUAUGUGGCUAAUCAAUUGUUGUUAGAGUUUUCCUCAGUCUUAAAUCGAUUUUCUUGAGAACUUUGAUUGAUUAAUUUCAGCUCAUUGGUUGAUACACACAUCGGGCCAGCAGCGUGACCACCUGGGAGAGCCAAGCGAGCCACACGACCCAAGAAACCCAGGCGAGCCCCAGAGAGUCCCGUCAACGCCGAGCUGCAGUGUACAGAGGCACUGGUAUGAGUUCCACGGGGAAGGUAGCCAUCGUGACAGGGGCGGCACAAGGCCUGGGGAAGGCGUUCUGUGAUAUUUUGCUGAAAAAUGGCGCCAAGGUAAGGAGGUGAUUGUGUUUGGUUCGUUGUUCUUGAGUGCGUACGUGUUUGGUUGGUUAAACAUGAGUGGGCACGUCUUUGAUUUGUUGGACAUGAAUGCGCACGUGCUUGGUUUGUUGUACAUCAUGAGUGCGUACAAGAUUACACAAGAUACUAUGCUACUUUUUUUGUACCCUUCUCAUGGGGAUUAUUUAAGCAUGCGUAACAGAUUAAUUGUGAUAUGAGCUUGGAGAAAUCUAUACUUUGAUAGGCAAUAUUUUUUAUGUGUAUUAUAACAUACUUUAUACUAUUUUAAAGGUAACAGAAAAAUUAAAUGAACACAAUGAUUCAUCCCUCCUUCUCUAAUAUUAUUUCACAGCUAAAAUUAUCUUAGUGAGGUUAAUCAUUUUUUUUUUACUUUUUGAAUGUGUGAGACUAAAAUAUUUGACCAUUGGUAUAUCACAGAUCUUGCCAAAACGAAAUCAGGAGUUAAAAAAAGUUUUCAAUUUCAUUCAUAUAUAUUUAUAUAGUGUUGCUUUUUUUUUAUCUUACGAGUGACGUUUGUUCCAGGUUGGGCUCGUAGACUUUAACAGCGAGCUGGGUCAAAAGACCUUGGCAGAGUUCGAGCAAAAAUACGGCCAGAAUAGAGUCAUGUUCGUGAAAUGUGACGUCUCUAACAGCAAACAGCUUUCAGGUAAUGAGAUGACAUGUUGUUCUCGUCAAAAUCACGCUGUUCUUUUAAGCUAAGAUUGACAUAAAAACACCAACAAUAAGCGAACAAGAACAUAAAAAAAUAAUAAUCUGGCGUCCCUGUAUUGAAGAUGAUCUUUGGGUCUUUCAAUUCUUAUCAGUGUAUUAGUUUUUAACUAUUUUAUUUCAAUAAUCUUGUAGAUAUCAGAGGCUCUGAUCAAAUUGUUGUAUGUUGAUGCUCAUAAUGUGUUAUAAAAAUACAAAACAUAAUUCUAGUCUAUUGAUAUCUACUAUAGCAUAUAAAGGUAUCCAGUGUAUUGACUUAUAUAAACGUGAGUACACCAGAUCAGUUUUGCGAAAAGCAAAAAGUACAGGUUUUGUUUGAGGGAACAUUUGCCUAUCACGUUUUCCCAUCGCGUUUCCCAUCAAAUUUGCCUAUCAAACUGUCCUAUAACAUUUUCCCAUCACAUUUGCCUAUCAAACUGUCCUAUCACAUUUUCCUAUCACAUUUGCCUAUCAAACUGUCCUAUCACAUUUUCCCAUCACAUUUGCCUAUCAAACUGUCCUAUCACAUUUUCCCAUCACAUCUCCCUAUCAAACUGUCCUAUCACAUUUUCCCAUCACAUUUGCCUAUCAAACUGUCCUAUCACAUUUUCCUAUCAAAUUUGCCUAUCAAACUGUCCUAUCACAUUUUCCUAUCACAUUUGCCUAUCAAACUGUCCUAUCACAUUUUCCCAUCACAUUUGCCUAUCAAACUGUCUUAUCACAUUUUCCAUCACAUUUGCCUAUCAAACUGUCCGAUCACAUUUGCCCAUCACAUUUGCCGAUCACAUUAUAUUAUCACGUUUGCCUAUCACAUUUACCUAUCACAUUUACUCAUAAUAUAUUUUGCCUUUCACAUCCAAAAGAUCUUUAACAAUUCAUUAUAAUAUGCUAAUUUCAAACUUUGGUGAGGUGCUUGUGAGGUGCUUGUGAGGUGCUUGUGAGGUGCUUGUGAGGUGCUUGUGAGGUGCUUGCGAGGUGCUUGUGAGGUGCUUGUGAGGUGCUUGUGAGGUGCUUGUGAGGUGCUUGCGAGGUACUUUUGAGGUGCUUGUGAGGUGGUUGUGACGUGCUUGUGAGGUGCUUGUGAGGUGCUUGUGGGUGCUUGUGGGGUGCUUGUGGGGUGCUUGUGGGGUGCUUGUGAGGUGCUUGUGAGGUGCUUGUGAGGUGCUUUUGAGGUGCUAGUGAGGUGCUUGUGAGGUGCUUGCGAGGUGCUUGCGAGGUGCUUGUGGGGUGCUUGUGGGGAGCUUGUGAGGUGCUUGUGAGGUGCUUGUGGGGUGCUUGUGAGGUGCUUGUGAGGUGCUUGUGAGGUGCUUGUGGGGUGCUUGUGAGUUGCUUGUGGGGUGCUUGUGAGGUGCUUGUGGGGUGCUUGUGGGUUGCUUGUGAGGUGCUUGUGAGGUGCUUGUGGGUUGCUUGUGAGGUGCUUGUGGGUUGCUUGUGAGGUGUUUGUGGGGUGCUUGUGGGUUGCUUGUGAGGUGUUUGUGGGUUGCUUGUGAGGUGUUUGUGGGUUGCUUGUGGGGUGCUUGUGAGGUGCUUGUGGGUUGCUUGUGAGGUGCUUGUGGGUUGCUUGUGGGUUGCUUGUGAGGUGUUUGUGGGUUGCUUGUGAGGUGUUUGUGGGUUGCUUGUGGGGUGCUUGUGAGGUGCUUGUGGGUUGCUUGUGAGGUGUUUGUGGGGUGCUUGUGGGUUGCUUGUGAGGUGCUUGUGAGGUGCUUGUGGGUUGCUUGUGAGGUGCUUGUGGGUUGCUUGUGGGUUGCUUGUGAGGUGCUUGUGGGUUGCUUGUGAGGUGUUUGUGGGUUGCUUGUGGGGUGCUUGUGAGGUGCUUGUGGGGUGCUUGUGGGUUGCUUGUGAGGUGGUUGUGAGGUGCUUGUGGGUUGCUUGUGAGGUGCUUGUGGGUUGCUUGUGAGGUGCUUGUGGGUUGCUUGUGAGGUGCUUGUGGGUUGCUUGUGGGUUGCUUGUGAGGUGUUUGUGGGUUGCUUGUGGGGUGCUUGUGAGGUGCUUGUGGGGUGCUUGUGGGGUGCUUGUGAGGUGCUUGUGGGGUGCUUGUGGGGUGCUUGUGAGGUGCUUGUGGGGUGCUUGUGGGGUGCUUGUGAGGUGCUUGUGGGGUGCUUGUGGGGUGCUUGUGAGGUGCUUGUGGGGUGCUUGUGGGGUGCUUGUGAGGUGCUUGUGGGGUGCUUGUGGGGUGCUUGUGAGGUGCUUGUGGGGUGCUUGUGGGGUGCUUGUGAGGUGCUUGUGGGGUGCUUGUGGGGUGCUUGUGAGGUGCUUGUGGGGUGCUUGUGGGGUGCUUGUGAGGUGCUUGUGGGGUGCUUGUGGGGUGCUUGUGAGGUGCUUGUGGGUUGCUUGUGAGGUGCUUGUGAGUUGCUUGUGGGUUGCUUGUGAGGUGUUUGUGGGUUGCUUGUGGGGUGCUUGUGAGGUGCUUGUGGGGUGCUUGUGGGUUGCUUGUGAGGUGCUUGUGAGGUGCUUGUGGGUUGCUUGUGAGGUGCUUGUGGGUUGCUUGUGGGGUGCUUGUGAGGUGCUUGUGGGUUGCUUGUGAGGUGUUUGUGGGUUGCUUGUGGGGUGCUUGUGAGGUGCUUGUGGGGUGCUUGUGGGUUGCUUGUGAGGUGCUUGUGAGGUGCUUGUGGGUUGCUUGUGAGGUGCUUGUGGGUUGCUUGUGAGGUGCUUGUGGGUUGCUUGUGGGUUGCUUGUGAGGUGUUUGUGGGUUGCUUGUGGGGUGCUUGUGAGGUGCUUGUGGGGUGCUUGUGGGUUGCUUUUGAGGUGCUUGUGAGGUGCUUGUGGGUUGCUUGUGAGGUGUUUGUGGGUUGCUUGUGAGGUGCUUGUGAGGUGCUUGUGAGGUGCUUGUGGGUUGCUUGUGAGGUGCUUGUGGGUUGCUUGUGAGGUGUUUGUGGGGUGCUUGUGAGGUGCUUUUGAGGUGCUUUUGAGGUGCUUGUGAGGUGUUUCUGGGUUGCUUGUGAGAUGCUUGUGAGGUGCUUGUGGGUGCUUGUGAGGUGCUUGUGAGGUGUUUUUGGGUUGCUUGUGAGGUGCUUGUGGGUUGCUUGUGGGUUGCUUGUGAGGUGCUUGUGGGUUGCUUGUGAGGUGUUUGUGGGUUGCUUGUGGGUAUGCUUGUGAGGUGCUUGUGGGGUGCUUGUGGGUUGCUUGUGAGGUGCUUGUGAGGUGCUUGUGGGUUGCUUGUGAGGUGCUUGUGGGUUGCUUGUGAGGUGCUUGUGGGUUGCUUGUGGGUUGCUUGUGAGGUGUUUGUGGGUUGCUUGUGGGGUGCUUGUGAGGUGCUUGUGGGGUGCUUGUGGGUUGCUUGUGAGGUGGUUGUGAGGUGCUUGUGGGUUGCUUGUGAGGUGCUUGUGGGUGCUUGUGGGGUGCUUGUGGGGUGCUUGUGAUGUGCUUGUGAGGUGCUUGUGAGGUGCUUGUGAGGUGCUUGUGAGGUGCUUGUGAGGUGUUUGUGGGUUGCUUGUGAGGUGCUUGUGGGUUGCUUGGGAGGUGUUUGUGGGUUGCUUGUGAGGUGCUUGUGGGUUGCUUGUGAGGUGCUUGUGGGUUGCUUGUGAGGUGCUUGUGGGUUGCUUGUGAGGUGCUUGUGGGUUGCUUGUGAGGUGCUUGUGGGUGCUUGUGAGGUGUUUGUGGGUUGCUUGUGAGGUGCUUGUGAGGUGCUUGUGGGUUGCUUGUGAGGUGCUUUUAUGAUUUUCUGAAUCAGUUUGACGCAUGCCUGAGAUUUGUUAGGCAGUAGGCACAGUCGGGUGUUUUGUGGUUUCUAUUUUGGUCGGUCGUGUCUUGAGUUAGAUAAAGGCAAUUGUUAUGUCCCACAACCAAUCUCCCCGUGCUUACGUCUCCCCGACGGUAGCAAAGUGGACAAGGUGACCAGCGCCCCAUAAUCUUAAGAGGCCUUAGAGACCUGGCUUUAGAUAUUAUUUUCAUAGCUUCAUCCCCUUUGAUUUCUGCGUCUAGAAACCUCCCCAAAAGUCCCAGUCACCCCUUUUCUUCUCAAAGUUGUGUCCAAUUUUGUGGAGCUUCUUAGGGAAUCCGCAUGACAACUUUAAAUAUGACGCUAAAAGCCUUAUUGUAGUCAUUUUAUUUCAUGAUUGUUCCUUUUCUGUUUUCAUACUUCUUGAUCCGAACCACUGAUUGUGACUAAGCGGUCAACAAUCAAACAUUGAAUAGCAUUUUGGCUUAGAGAUUUGGUUUUAACUUCUGGGAAAUCUCGUGAAUAGGAAACAGGAACUUUAAACUACGGUAAAUCGCAAACUGACUACAUCCCACUUAAAGAGAACAGUUAUUCCGAAUCACGUAGAUCUGUGUGUACAUUUUUCAAUGACAUAACUGUCGUGGCUGAUGAAUACAGUGCAACUUCACACAAGAUACAUGAGCUCAAUUUAUAAUUGAACUAUGAGUAGCGAUAGGUUAACUCCUAGCUUACAGCCAUAAUUAAGGAGGGAAGUUGUUUUAUAUUGACAAGUUAUCUACUUUAUAUAAAACAAAAAAUAUUGAAAUUAAAACAAUAACUUCUUUAUAAAUUGAUGUGAUGCUUAUAAAUGAAUGGCUUUAUGACAAACGCUUUGAAAUGUAUUAAUUUGAUGCGAAUAAAAGAUAUUUAUAUUGACUUGACAGAAACGUUCGAGGCAAUUAAACAUAAGCUGGGCGGCCUCGACAUUGUAAUCAACAACGCUGGUGUCGGGGGCGAGAUGGAGGACACCUGGGAGAGAACUGUUGAUAUAAAUGUGGUAAGCGUUCAUGUGUACGUCCACAUAAUCUAUCUGUACAGAAAACAUGGUUUAGAGAGCACGGGCCAGUGUAACAGAGCACCAUCUGUUGUAACGCGUGCUCCCACGGGCGGUGCAGUGCUAUCAUUUGUAUCCCAUAACGACCAGUACCAAGGCAAGCGUAACACCGUCUCAUUCAUAGUCAGAGACCCAGUCUGGAAUGAACACUGUGGCCAUUUGAACAAAAUGAUCUUAUUUUUUUAAAUCAUUGUUUCUCAAGUCCAUGUUAUGACUCAAAAAUCGAGAUUAAAAUAAUGAUUUUAUUUCCACUUAUUAACAUUGAUGAUUUGUUUCUAUGCCGUUUUUGUAAAUUUCAGAAAGGGACAAUAAAGGGGACGAUGUUAGGGAUGGAACUGAUGAGGAAAGACAAGGGUGGGAAUGGAGGCGUUAUUGUUAAUGUGGCAUCUAUGGCAGGUAGGGAGAAGUCAUUGUUAAUGUGGCAUUAUGGUAGGUAGGGAGAAGUCAUUGUUGAUGUUGCAUUAUGUCAGUUAGGGAGAAAUCAUUGUUAACGUUGCCUUAUGGCAGGCAGGGACAAGUCAUUGUUGCAUUAUGACAGGUUGGGAAAAUCAUUGUUAAUGUUGCAUCUCUGGCAGGUAUUUUGUAAUUAUUAUUAGUCAGUACUUCAUAUUUAUGACGUAAUGGGGAUUCGUUAUAAUUUAAAAAAAUUACAAAAUGAAAAAGAAAGAAAGAAAUAAAACAACAGCAACCAACUAAAGAAAUGAAUGAAAGAUAAAUAAUAGGAAGAAUGCACAAAAAGAUAAAAUACAUAUUUAAAAAAAAAUAUCAAGAGUUGGCUAUGAGAACAUAUCCUCUGGUACUUUGACUACAUUAAUUAAGUGGACAUAUCCUCUGGUACUUUGACUACAUUAACUAAGUGGACAUAUCCUCUGGUACUUUGACUACAAUAACUAAGUGUACAUAUCCUCUGGGACUUUGACUACAGUAAUUAAGUGGACAUAUCCUCUGGUACUUUGACUACAUUAACUAAGUGGACAUAUCCUCUGGUACUUUGACUACAAUAACUAAGUGUACAUAUCCUCUGGGACUUUGACUACAUUAAUUAAGUGGACAUAUCCUCUGGUACUUUGACUACAUUAACUAAGUGGACAUAUCCUCUGGUACUUUGACUACAAUAACUAAGUGUACAUAUCCUCUGGCACUUUGACUUCAUUAACUAAGUGGACAUAUCCCCUGGUACUUUGACUACAUUAAUUAAGUGGACAUAUCCUCUGCUACUUUGACUACAUUAACUAAGUGGACAUAUCCUCUGCUACUUUGACUACACUAACUAAGUGGACAUAUCCUCUGGUACUUUAACUACACUAACUAAGUGGACAUAUCCUCUGGUACUUUGACUACAUUAACUAAGUGGACAUAUCCUCUGUCAUGGCCCCUCUAUUGAGACCGCCUUGUUAUAGCCGCCGUGUAGUGUUCUAUUCCUCGUGAUGAGUAUCUCUGGUACGUAAACUUGUACAUGCUGCGAGAGCAAGGAAAGAGGAUUAUUUGGUGUACACGUGACACUAACUGAAGUUAACUCUUUACCUUUCUGAAAUGUUGUUCUGGAUUUUUCCAGGGAUCAACCCGAACCCAUGUGGCCCAGUUUAUGCGGCAACAAAAAGUGCAAUCAUCAUGUACUCACAAUCAUGGUCGGUAAGUACUUACACUCUUUUUUUUUUGGGGGGGGGUGGGGGAAGGGAAAUGGGGUUAAGUAUUCAAAACAGGACGUUUCGACUGAGAGCCUCCAUCGGCAGCAAAAUAACGACAACAACUAGCAAAAGUAUGAGAAAGAUGUAGAGCAGUGACAGGAAGUUGUCCAAAAUCAAAAUGUGCGUGUUGCCAAGGACGCUACAUGGCAGUAAAUGAAGUUAGCUGAAGUUACAAGGAAAUGACGACAUUUUCAGAAAACAAUGAGGGGAAAAAAAAAGAGGUAAAAUAUGAAUGGCCGCAACAUUGAGGAUUAUUAUUAAGAGAGUAUUUGAAUGAUUCAAUCUGGCCAUACGGGCUGACUAACUGGUCUUCUCCCCGUUUCAGAAAAACCCGGAACUAGCUCAGAACGGCGUCCGUAUCAACGUCCUUGCCCCUGCAUUCGCCGACACAGCUCUGGUCAAGGCCAUGGGAGAUACCAACACCAUGCACGCACCGGCGAUCGCCCGGGUGAUCAUGCAGAGGGUGGGGAUCAUGACGUAGGUGGUUAGUGGCUGUGGGUUGGUUAAUGAUGGUUUGAAUUCUUACUCUCGUGUUUCUGGGAACCUUUCUCCCAUGACGUCAGUUCAAGAUUGCAUAUAGAUUUUGUGUACACUUAAUCACAAUGAGUUUAUUGUCAAUAGCGAUAGUUUAUCUUAACAUUUAAAUGUACAUACUUGAAGGCUCACAUACGGCCCGUGGGUCACAUAAGGCCUGUGGGCCACACACGGCCCGAGGGUCACAUACGGCCUGUGGGUCACAUACGGUCCGUGGGUCACAUAGGCCCGUGGGUCAUAUACGGUCCGUGGGUCACAUAUGGCCUGUGGGUCACAUACGGCCUGUGGGUCACAUACGGCCCGUGGGUCACAUACGGUCCGUGGGUCACAUACGGCCUGUGGUUCACAUACGGCCUGUGGGUCACAUUCCUGAUGAAUAAACCCCACCUCCUUCCAAUUUCCAGAUUUUUUAAUGAUUUCAUUUAAUUUAACGAAAUAAUUUUAGAGGUAAUCAUUGCUAUUGUGAAGCAGGUGAUUUCUCUGUUGACUACGCUUUCUUUGGGUAGUUCACAGGGUGUGGCCAAUUGGCUUGAUUGUUUUUAUUUCAGGCCACCUUUAACCAAAUAGUAAUUGUAAAUAAAGACCAUCAAGAAGAUGCAAUAAAAGGAUAUAACCCGCCCCACCCCCACCUCCCCCCUCCUCCCCCACUUUAUGUUGUUGCAGACCUGAGACUGUGGCAGAGGCUCUGUAUGAACUGGUCGAUGACCAAAACAAGACGGGCGCCAUCUUGAAGAUAGCACAGACCACUGGUAAAGAGUAUCACACGUACUAGCGUGGGUGACGUAUCGCCGACAUGCACGGUGCAGUGCUACAUUUGUAUCCCAUGAAAUUGACCACAGCAGACCGGACUGGACCAUAUUUAAAAAAAAAAAAAAAAAAACCAGCCAAUCUAUUUUUUAAAAAAAAUUUUUUUCCUUAACUUUAUCCGGAGAGUUUAAAUAUGUACAUUUAAAUUUAAUUUAAACGAAUGGAUGGAUUUAUACAUUAUCGUUGUGCGUGUGAUUUGCUCAAAAUGAAGUAUUAUUUGAUUUUAAAUGAUGGUACGUUAACUCUUGUUCAUCGAAUGAGGUAAGACACUCCUAAAUGAAUUUUUAAGCAAUACUUUUUUAAAGCAGGUUGUAUUCGCAUCUGAGAAUUCGUCCUGACGAUUACCUUUGUGCAUUAGUUUUUAUAUUCGACUGACUAAGAAUUUAAGUUAUAAUUUUGUUAAAAAUGAGAAAAAGUCAUUUCAAAAUAUAAUAAAUAUUUAUAUUUUCUGCCUGAUGCAUAUUGUGACAAUUUUACUGUAAGUUAUGCAAGACUUCAAUCAAUCGUGUAUGAUGUUGUAGUUACGGGUAAUAAGAAAUGACAGUCUGGGGCACCGUGAAAAUGGGACAUGUUAAAAGUAAAAGGAGACACAAACCUUGACGUCAGACACGUUCGUCCAUUCUACAUGGCCCGGAGAAUGAAGCACAGACGUCUCACUACAACAGAAAUGUGUUUUAUUGUUCUGUUAUUAAUACGAACGUCAAGCCUCAUGAGACGAGAAUUUCGGACCCCCCUCCUCCCCCCCCCCCCCCCCCCCCCCGCUCCUGGUAACUGACAAUGAUUUAUACGUGUCUCAAAUUAACAUGACGACACACGUUAGAAUUAAGACACAAGCUGUGGCAGUGGACUAAACACAAAUGGCCAGGGAUUUGGGAGGGGGGGGAGUCUUUACUCUUGUCAGUUUUAGGACUGGGCAUACAUAUGACAUGAGUUCACCUGAGUGCCCCCUCAUCUUCCACCGUGGUACAUCAACUACCAGUGUUACUGAAUGCCCCUGACUACUGGGCUUGUGAUGCACUUAAGUGCCCCUCAUCUUCCACCUUAGUACAUCAACUACUAGUGUUACUGAAUGCCCUUGACUGCUGGGCUUGUGAUGCACUUAAGUGCCCCCUCAUCUUCCACCUUAGUACAUCAACUACUAGUGUUACUGAAUGCCCUUGACUGCUGGGCUUGUGAUGCACUUAAGUGCCCCUCAUCUUCCACUGUAGUAAAUCAACUACCAGUGUUACGGAACGCCUCCAACUGCGCUGCUUGCGGUACACGUUGCAGUAACCGAAAGAUAAAGCAUCUUUUAUAUUUAAAAUAAAAUGUUCGACUAGGCCUUUGCAGAAUUAGGGCACCUAGACCUUUCGGGAGUAUAGAGGCAACUAUGCCUCUAUAGUGUAUCAGGGCACCUAGACCUUUAGGGAGUACAGAGGCACCUAGGCUUUUAUUGCGGAUAGAUGGACCUAGGCCUUUAUGGCGUAUAGAGACACCUAGGCCUUUAUGGCGUAUAGAGACACCUAGGCCUUUAUGGUGUAUAGAAGCACCCAAGCCUUUAGGGGGGUAUAGGGGCACUUAGCCUUUUUGGGAGUAUAGAGGCACAUUGACUUAUGGCUCCAAAACAUUCGAAGACUUUUGAAUCUCUUCGUCAUUUAACAUGGACCCCCCCUCCCCCCCCACACCCUUUUCCACUUUUUUUUUUCCACAGUCAGUAAAUACGAACUUACUGGACAUGAAAUUGAUUUAUAAAUCUAAUAUUCUGUCCUUCAAAAGUGUAAUUGAUGUUUACAUUUUUAAAGGAAAAAAAAUUGCUUAAAUUGUCUAUAACACGUUCCCAAAGGUCGGUGGUGGUUGGAGGGGGGGGGGGCUGACCUUGAACUUAAUGUUGUAUCGGUUAAUAUAGAGUUUAUAUAAAAUACAGCUAUAAUACAGCAUAUUUAUUUUCAUUACUUAAUUGAUUUGUUAUACAUUUUGCAUGUGAUAAUUAUUGUAAAGUUAGUGAACGGAUGUUUGGGUUCAGCAAUUAAACCGGUGGCAAACAUAACCUUACAUAAGAUCUUUGCAACCAGGCAACGAACAAAUGUGCGGUCACGCAUGACGUGUUGUGUUCAUUGCAGAACUUAGCAGUGCGGAAGUAUUUUGUUUUUUUAGCAUGUUGUAAAAAAAAAAAAUGUGAUACAUUGGAAUAAAUGAAAAC